GCACAAAACUUUCUCUGCUACUGAGUCUUCACUCCUAUUGCGAGAUCUCAUGCAAGGUGCUUCAUCCCAGUCUGCUGCGUCCAAGCUGGAGCGGCAGAAACGCAAUCUUGGUAUAGCUGGUGCGAAGGAAGGCUUGCUUGAGCUUGCCUCCUUGACAAGCAGCGGAAUGUCGUCGAUUCGGGAGCAGAGAUCCAAGAUACAACUUGCAUCUCUGCACAUGAGAUACUCAUGCGAGAACAGCUCAGACAGAGAUGGCCGCUCGCAUGGGUUGCUGCAGAGACAUUGCAGUAAAAAAUCUAUGCACGCAAACGAAACCCCAAGAGGCAUCAACGGAGAUGACCGGUCGACAUCAUACAACAACCCGAUGCAAUCUCCACUUCCUCUUGUGCAACAAACUCUGCCCGUAAGCAUCUGUAUCAGCAGACAACCUACGCUCCAAGCAUCCGACGAAGGCGAGCAUGAUGAAGCUCUGUGCGUUUCCGGAACGCAGCAACAACUACGUUCGCGACGACAAGGUGAUGAGUUUUCUAAUUCUGUGCCAACGUGCAUAGAGCCCCGAUUUUGCCCCAUUGUCUGAAUGUAGACAUUAUCAAGUCCUAAUCUUCCAUGGGGUUGACCUAAAUCAUGUAACUUGACCAAAUGGCAUAUCAGAGUCCUUGUAAGAAAUGAAGCUUGAAACUCUGGAAUGCAUUUGUUUUGUUCAACGACUUUCAACAGAGAUAUGUAUUGGUCAUCGUUUUCGCAAUCCAUCUUGAAAACC